GCGGCGAGCCCGGAGGCAGGUUUGAUUAUUGCAGUACAGCUUGGAUUGAAAGCAGCAAGAGGAAUCUCCAGAGUUCUUCGAGAUUGCUGAAACCUCAUCGGUCUGGUUUGCUAGAAGAAGGGGAAAUGGCUCAAGAAACGAACCGCAGCCAGGUGCCCAUGCUGUGCUCCACCGGCUGUGGCUUCUACGGCAAUCCUCGUACCAACGGCAUGUGCUCAGUGUGCUACAAAGAACACCUGCAGAGGCAGAACAGCAAUGGUAGAAUUAGCCCUCCUGCAACUUCUGUCACUAGUAUAACUGAAUCCUUACCAGUUCAGUGCACAGAAGGCAGCACCCAGGAAACUCAGUCACCUUUAGAUUCUACAUCGACUCCAUCUAUGCAGCCAAGCCCUGUGUCCAGUCAGUCCCUUCUAACAGAAUCUGUAGCAUCAUCCCAACCGGAUAGCACGGCUGUGGACAAAACAGUACCUGAGACAGAAGAGUUGCAAGCUUCAGUGUCAGAGAAUGCAGAGCCUACACCUGAAGAACAGGACAAGUCGCUCGACAAACCCAAACAGAAAAAGAAUCGUUGCUUCAUGUGCAGGAAGAAGGUUGGGCUGACUGGCUUCGAGUGCCGCUGCGGGAACGUCUUCUGCGGCAUGCACCGCUACUCGGACGUGCACAGCUGCUCCUACAACUACAAAGCCGACGCCGCCGAGAAGAUCAGAAAAGAGAACCCUGUGGUCGUGGGGGAAAAGAUCCAGAAGAUCUGAACUGCUGCUUCUGCUGGGACACCAGGAUCCCCUCCACCAUCUGCAGAUCGAAUUGACUUGAGCUUUUCUUUCCUGUAGUCACCAGGAGCGUAGAGCAGUGUACCUUGCCUAGACCUUUUAAUCAUGCAUGUCAGCAGAUGAAUAGGUUCUUUGGGGGGUGGGG